GCCAGUGCACCGGCGGCCGCCACAGCACCAGCCAUCCAGCCAGCAGCCACUCACUCCUCACCCCGAGAGCUCCGGUGUGCGCAGCCAUGGACGCGGCGGCCGCUUCGCAGUGGGCGGCGCAGGCUGCCGGCGCGUGCCCGGUGGGCGGCGCCGCCGGCGCGCUGUUCGCGCAGCUGUUGGCCACCCUGGUGCACGCCCAGUGCGCGCUCGCCGACCGCAGCGUCUACCCGCCGGACACGACGCGCCCACUACCCGAGUACGACUUCGUGGUGGUCGGCGCCGGGUCUGCGGGGGCGGCGGUGGCCGCCCGCCUCUCGGAGAACCCCGACUGGUCGGUGCUGCUGCUCGAGGCCGGCGGCGACCCGCCGCCCACCUCCGACGUGCCCGGACUCUUCCCUCUGCUGCAGAAGACCGAGGCAGACUGGGCCUACCUGACGGAGCCGGACGGGCUGUCGUGCCUGGCGCUGAAGGGCGGCCGCUGCUCGUGGCCGCGAGGCAAGGUACUGGGCGGCUCCAGCGUGCUCAACGCCAUGGUGUACAUCCGGGGCAGCCCGCAGGACUACGACGUGUGGGCGGCGCUCGGCAACGACGGCUGGGGCUACCGGGACGUGCUGCCCUUCUUCAAGAAGCUCGAGGACUUUGACGAGAAGGAGCUGAAGAAGAGGCCGCACACCGAGUCCGUCCACAGCCGCGGCGGACCGAUAUUCGCCACGAUGCCGGAGUUCGUCGAGCCCUACACGGAGUCCCUCGUAGCGGCUGCCCGGGAGCUCGGGUUUAACAUAAUCGAGGACUACAGCGCCGAGCCGAACUUGGGGUUCGGCCGGGUGCACUGCAACAUCAAGAACGGCACCAGGUGGAGCACCGCCCGAGGGUACCUGGCGCCGGCCAGGCACAGGAGGAACCUGCACGUCACCAAGCUCGCCUACGUCACCAAAGUACUCGUCGACCCGGAGACGCGGACGGCGUACGGCGUGCGCUACGUGAAAGACGGCGAGGUAAGAGAAGUCGGCGUUAAGAAGGAGGUAAUCGUAUCGGCGGGAGCUGUCGACACGCCCCACAUACUGAUGCACUCCGGAAUCGGGCCGAAAGAUCAUCUGGAGGAGUUCGGAAUACCCGUAAUAAAGGAUCUGAAGGUCGGAUACAACCUACAGGACCACCUGAUGUACACCGGGUUGUACUACACGAUGAAGCCGCCGACGAAGACGUCGCCCGAAGAGGCCGCUUUCCAGUACUUGCUCAACAGGACGGGGCUGUUGUCGACCACCAGAGUCAGCUCCUUCACCGGGUUCCUCCGGACGGACGAGGCGCCCCCGAACCUGGUGGGCCUUCCGGAGGUGGACUCGCCGACGUACCCGGACAUGCAGAUGCACUACAUCUACGUGGAGAAGGAGCUGGCGGGCACGCUGGCGCACGACUACAACUUCGGCGAGGACGCGGCGGCGGCGCUGGCGAGGCUGACGGAGCGCGAGGACGCCCUGCUGGUGAUCCCGACGCUGCUGGCGCCGACGAGCCGCGGCCGCGUGCGGCUGGCCGGGCCCGACCCGCGCCAGCGCCCCCUCGUCGACGCCGCCUACUACCGGGACCCGCGCGACCUCGACAACCACGUGGCCGGCGUGGCGUUCGCGCACCGCAUGGGAGCGACGCGCGCGCUGCGCGACGCCGGCUUCACCGUGCGCGACCUGCCGCUGGCGGCGUGCGCCGACCGCCGGCCCGCCACCGAGGACUACUGGCGCUGCGCUCUGCCGCAGCUCACCACCACGCUGUACCACCCGGCCGGCACCGCCAAGAUGGGGCCCGCCGCCGACCCCGACGCCGUCGUCGACGCGCGGCUGCGCGUGCACGGCGUGCGGGGCCUGCGCGUCGCCGACGCCUCCGUCAUGCCGCUCGUCGUGCGCUGCAACACCAACGUGCCCUCCAUCAUGAUCGGCGAGAAGUGCGCCCACAUGGUGGCAGAGGACUGGCGCGAGCGCGGCGCCGGAGCUCGCCCGCCGAAGCAGGAGCUGUGAGGGCGCGCCCCCGGCCCGCCCGCUCAGCGCAGAUCACCGCUUUCGGGCCAUGUCGCCCAUCUUCGGGCCCCAUUCGUAGUGGCCCUGUAGCCGGUCUCACGAGAAAACUACGUUUCGUCUGUACAGGAUCCCGUUUGCUCCAAUAGCUCAUUGCGUCAGCCUUGUAGUUUUUAGUCGGUUUUGCACCCUCCAUUAGGCAACUCUUGAACUCAUCCCAAAUUUGCGCCUUACAAAAUUCGAUACACAGAGAAUUUCGUUUGGCUCAAUGGGCUGGAGCAACUCUUUCAGUUGGAUUUCAUGUGUCCCUAACCUAACCUACUUACCUGACACCGUUUCCUCGCUGUUUAACGUGGAUUCUCAACUGUGUGUCGGUUGUGGACACUCCUCACAUUGCUGGGAGGUAAAGGCUACAUUAAAGGCAAACUGAAAAUUGCUGUUGUCCUACCGGGAUUCGAAACGCAAGUUCUCGGUUGCCAGGCAUGCUAUACCGCAGACCCGGCGCGGAAACAGUUUUAAUACGAUAAGAGGCAUUUCAGUGCUAACUCGGUCCUCAAAUAGAUGGAGCACACAACUUCUCUCCCUUAAACUAACUGAGCACUGUGGCGUGGAAACAGCAGAUCCUGUACAGUGGGACAAACACGAGGACAAAGACAGACACUCAAAUGCGUAUACCAAUGUCAAACUGACAUUUGUUGUGUAAGACGGUCUCUGUGUAACCACGAGUAUGAUGGUCGGCAGUGCUGGAAACUGGCAGUUCUGAAACAAUAGACAGCCUUUGACACAAAAGUAUUGUUCUUACCUUCGCUCGGACGCUAUACGCGACCAUGUUUGUUCUCUCACUGCAGAAAAUUUCAUGAUAAACAGUUAAUGAUACACUCAGUAUCUCCCUCCCAGUAGUUAACAAACGCAAGGCCGUCGUAUAUUCUGCAUGUUGUGGUUUUGGGUCUUUGGAUAUCUGAAAAAAAUGAUAAUUAUGUAUCACCGACAACUGCUGAUGAAACAAGCAUUUGUGUGUACUGUGUAUUGUGUACUGAACCGGGGACCUGUAAGCGACGGGGAGACUUCGCCCCGCCGUAGCCCCCACUAGUUCACAACCCCACAACAGGCUACAGCAGUCCACCCACCCCACCGCCGCCCCACACCGAACCCAGGGUUAUUGUGCGGUUCGGCUCCCAGUGUACCAACCAGGGAACGUCUCAUACCAGACGAGUGUAACCCCAAAUGUUUGCGUGGUACAGCAAUUACGGUGUACGCGUAUGUGGAGACAGUGUUUGCGCAGCAUUUACUAGAGACUCAUUCAGAUGUGUGUCAAAAAUGAUGGUAGUUCUCAUACUGCUCUCCAUCCUGUAUGUGUGAAGAAAAUCGUGAAGGUAACUGUUGCUGGAUUCUUUGCUUAACUAUCGACACGUAGAACUCUUUCCGUAUUUUAUUUUUACAUCGGCUUGUAAAUAGAAAUCUGCUAUCCUGUUCCUCAGUGUGCAAAAGGCACGCCACAUGGCAGCAGGGAACAUCUCUCCGCAGCCCAGCACAGAACACAGAAAUGCUAAGAUUUUUCACAUACAUCACAAUUUCAGACUGAUAUUUCACUUUUCACAGGACUGUCCGCAGAUCUGAAACUACCUGGCACAUUAAAACGGUAUACUGGACGGACACUCGAACUUGAGACCUUCGCCUUUAGUGACAGGCAUGUCCUCUAUCGACUUACAACUCACGACCACAGCUUCACUUUACUUCCGACAGUAACGUUCGUGAAGGCAGGAAGACGGGUAAUGUUCGUGAAGGCAGGAAGAUAGGGGAGCAGGCGCGGCGGGGGUGACUCCGCGGUAACAGAGCACCGGUCGUGCCGGUGGGCACACAUGUAGCCGCUGCGGUCGGUACAGCACUUGCCCGCCAAAGGCAAAAGUCCCAGGUUCGAAUCUCCGUCUAGCAUACUGCUGUAAUCUUCCUGGAAGCUCCUAUAAUGUACUUAUUUUUUGUUGACCACAUGUGGUCGCUGUAUCUCAUUCCGCUUUCACACGAUAUACUUGUAUUUAUAAGAAUAUACGUUCCCAUAAAUGCAUUUUAACCUUGGAUAUUUCGUUUAUAUGUAUGAAGACUGUCAAUUCCAUUACUAUGUAGUGUCGAUUUAAUUUAAUUGCCAUUGUCACUACAGAAUGGAAUCUUAUAAGGGGGCAUAACAAUUUUUAUGGCAAUUAUGUGAGAUAGUUCAUCACAUAUGAUUCCAUUGAUAGUUAUUCAAACGUAUCUCUUGUGUUCUCUCCAUUGCUAUACAGCUAGCCUUACGACGAUCGUUUCUAUAGAAACUGGUAGCACACAAAAGUUUAUUUUAUCAGCGGGCCUUGGUCGUGCAUUAAUACACUUUGUUUAAAGAAAUAGGUAUUUUGUUCAGAUAGUAUUUCUUAGUUUGCAGUUUAAUUAUGAAGCAAAUUUCAGUAUAAUUUUUAUAAUUAUUCGUCACAGAUUAUUAUUGUUUAUGACUUACGAAUGUAAUUCCAUUCUUGUAAUAAAUAGUUGUUUAAAAAAUUAAAAAACUAUUUCUCGCUUCA